GCCGCCACUGCCCUCCCUCCUCUUUGUCCCCAGCUCCCACUUCCCCAGGCCCGAAUCUCUGCAGCCACCAGCCACGAGAAAAUGAGCGGGGGGCAGAGGCUUCUGUUGGAGAACGCGCAGCAAGUGGUGCUGGUUUGCGCCCAGGGCGAGCCCUAUCUGGUGGGGGAAGCGAUGCGGAGCCUGGCAGUCCUGGAGAAUGCCAGCCUGGUGGUGGGCAGAGAUGGUUGCAUAAAGGCUGUUGGUCUGGCUGAUACCAUCAGAAGAGAAUUUGCGAAAGUAUCAUUUGAAGAAAGGAUUGACUGCUCUGGAAAAUGCAUUCUACCAGGUCUGGUGGAUGCCCACACUCAUCCAGUGUGGGCUGGGGACCGAGUCCAUGAAUUUGCAAUGAAGCUGGCAGGUGCCACGUAUAUGGAUAUACACCAAGCUGGAGGAGGAAUAAACUUCACUGUGGAGCAUACCCAGAAGGCUUCAGAAGAAGAGCUCUUCAGCACUUUCAGAUACCGCCUGCUCUGCAUGAUGAGGGCGGGGAGCACCUUGGUCGAAUGCAAGAGCGGGUAUGGCCUGAACCUGGAGACGGAGCUGAAGAUGCUGAGGGUCAUCGAAAGGGCUCGGAGAGAAUUGGACAUCAGCAUCUCCUCGACCUACUGCGGAGCUCACUCAGUGCCCAAAGGGAAAACUCCGACGGAAGCUGCUGAUGACAUUGUCUACAACCACCUCCCUAAACUGAAGGAACUUUGUCAACGCAGUGAAAUCCAUGUCGACAAUAUCGAUGUGUUCUGUGAGAAGGGGGUCUUUGACCUUCAUUCUACCAGAAAGAUUCUUCAGAGGGGAAAAGCUAUAGGGUUACAAAUUAAUUUCCAUGGGGAUGAGCUCCACCCAAUGAAGGCUGCUGAGCUUGGAGCUGAACUGGGAGCCCGGGCAAUUAGCCACCUGGAAGAAGUUAGCGAUGCAGGUAUUGCUGCCAUGGCAACUGGAAAAUGUUCGGCUGUCCUUUUACCCACCACCGCCUACAUGCUGAGAUUGAAGCAACCGCAAGCCAGGAAGAUGUUAGAUGAAGGGGUAAUAGUUGCUCUUGGCAGUGAUUUCAAUCCUAAUGCAUAUUGUUUUUCCAUGUCCACAGUCAUGCAUUUGGCCUGCGUCAACAUGAGAAUGUCGAUGUCUGAGGCUUUAGCUGCUGCUACCAUUAAUGCCGCUUAUGCGCUGGGACGAUCUCACACCCAUGGAUCGCUGGAGGUCGGCAAGCAGGGAGAUCUCAUUAUCAUCAACUCACCCAGAUGGGAGCACCUGAUUUACCAGUUCGGAGGUUACCAAGAAUUAAUUGAAUAUGUUGUAGCUAAAGGAAAAGUCGUCUAUAAAAAGGACAGCACCAACCUAAAAGGACAUGAAGAAGAAAGAGAAGAAAAGUAAAACUGCAUAUACUAAUGGAGUUCAGUUCUAGCCAACGUUAAGAUUUGUAGUUUUCUCAAAGCAGAUAAAUCACAUUUAAAUAAACCCAUUUUGAUUUCCUAGGUAAUGGAAUAAAUUUGUAAUCAUUAGCAAGGGGCUCGGAAAUGAGGACUGGUUUUAGAGUCAGGGAACCUAGAUUCAAAUCCUGGCUCUGGCAAUUAUCACAUGUGUGACCUUGGUCAAAGCCAUUCACCUUCACGAGCCUCAGUUUCCUUAUUUGUAAAAUGGGAGGCUCUAAAGUCUCUUCUGGCACUUAAUGAUUUCAUGAUUACUAAUGAUCCCUUUUAGUGAUUCCCAUCCAUGAUUCUAUAGAUAGAUAGAUAGAUAUAGAUACACACAUAUAUAUACACAUAUAUGUAUAUACGUGUAUGUGUAUGCUCAUAUCUGUCUAUAUAAAUUUCUCUUUGGGGAACUUUGCUUCUUUGCUUGUUUAAUGUAAUGCUGCAUGUGGUAAUGACAAAUAGCUUUGAAAGACAAGAUAUAUGAUCAAUGAAAUGCCCGAACUCAAUCCCAGAGGACCAAUGAUAAAGCAGCUCCUCAGCUCCUGACCCAGAGGUGAUAGAGUCAAGAUACAGAAGGAGAAAGACAUUUUUUGGCUCUGACCAAUAUGUAAAUUUGCUUUGCUUGACUAUGUGUAUUUGUUACAAGAUUUUUUUUAAUUGGAGGUGGGGAUGGGGGAAGGGAGAAAAUAAAUGCUUGUUAAUUGAAAAAUAAGAUAAAAUGGGGAAAAAUAAUAUAAUGUUGUAUAUGAUAAUAUCAAGAUUUUCAUGCUAUGGAUGUUUUUUUAAACAAUCCUA